UUUGUUUUGACAGAGCUAGGUAAUCUGAAGAUAUUAAACUUAGGUUUCAAUGACAUCAGUGAUUCGAGUUUGAUACAUCUGAAAGGUUUGACAAAUUUAGAGAGCUUGAAUUUGGAUUCAUGUAGAAUUGGUGAUGAUGGGCUAGUUCAUUUGUCAGGUCUUCAACGAUUGAAAUGUUUGGAGUUGUCUGAUACUGAAGUUGGAAGCAAUGGCCUUCGCCAUCUUUCAGGUUUGGUUAAUAUGGAGAGCAUAAACCUGUCAUUUACUGGAGUUACAGAUGGUGGUUUAAGAAAAUUGUCUGGACUCUCAUCUCUGAAAUCACUCAACCUGGAUUCUCGUCAAAUCACAGAUGUCGGACUUACAGCUCUUACUAGUAUGACUGUUCGGAGUGCCUAUUUCAGUUCUUUGAAUUUUCCUUUUAGUUCUUUAACAUGA